AUGGGUAGAACACAAGAUGUCAAAAAUGGCAAAACUGCAGUGCAAGUAGGAGAAGAAGAGUUGCAGUCAGAUUAUAGCAGAGACAAAGAAACUCGUUCUGCCAUAGUUUUCUAUCUGAAGGAAUUGAUCAAGAAAAGUACUGUUGCAGUUCAACUUCCCAUGCACGUACAGGUUUGGCAACCAGACACCGCUCUUACACUGUGGAUUAACGAUGGAACCUCUAAAGAAACGCCUGACAAGAAGUGUAGGAAAGCCGUAAGGUCUGGUCACACUUUAAAGGAGCACUGUCGAGAUUGCCCUCGGACUCCAGAAUGUCGCACUCACUUGAAAAGAUUUUUCAAGUUUAGUGCUAUUGAUCGUCUGGGUUCAUCUGUGAAAUAUGAUUAUGAAAAUGCUUUGAAAAAGGGAGAGUUACCAAUACUACGAGGAAACAUUGAUAUGUUUGGUGAAGAAGAUGCCGGCAAGUCUUCUCUUGGAGAUUCUUAUUUGGACGAGCCGUUUAUUGAUAAAAGGGAGAGCACGAGAGGAGCACACGUGAAAGUGAUGAGAAUUGGAGGAGGUUCAUACACAAACUGGAAGGAACUGAAACCAGAAGACAAAGAACAGAUCAUUGAUCAAGUUUUGGUCAGAGGCUAUCAUGAGUAUGUUGAAAAGCGCCGAGAAGGGGCAGCAGACAGUAGAGAAGAAGUAACACAAGACGACGAGGGAGAUUCUGUCAUCGAGCAGACAAGUCAACUAGCCGAACAACAGCCGUCGAGUAGUAGCAACACUGUAGCUUUAGCAACAGAAAGACAGACAACCAGACGAGAAGGCAGCAUCACAGUAUUGAAGAAGUCGCUACACGAUUUUCUGUUCUCCACAGAGCUAACUGAAGUACAAGCAGCAUUUGCAGAUCUACUGCGUCGCGACAAGGCUGAAUUAGAGAAAAGUGAAAUGAUGAUGUUGAUCACAUUGUGUGAUCGCGGCGGUCAAGAGCGGUUUCUGAUGACGCACGCAGCACUGAUGGCAGACAGCAGUGACUACAGUGCAACCGCUUACAUGAUAGUGAUGGAUGGAACAAAGAGUCUUGCAGAUCCCAUACCUCAAUGUUUGUUUCGACCAAAACAAGGAAGUGAGCAGUUGGUGUUGGAACGGUUUGGUCCUAAGACGAGACGUGAGCUGUUGGCUUACCACAUGAAUUGCAUCAAGAUGGCUCAUCCAUCAGUGAGUGAUGGUCCUUUUCUCGGUCAGGACUAUGUCAAGCGAGCACCAGUCACAUUUGCAGUGUCCACGCGAGAAGACGAAACAAAGAACAUGGAUCCAAAAUUUCUAGAAGAACAAGAAGAAAUACUGCAAGAUGUGGUACAGAAGAACAAGUUUGGUGAGCACAUGGUGUUGGCAGAGGAAAAUCCGAAUAAACUGACUUUUCGUGUUGACAACACACGAUCUGGCACCAAGAAUCCUGAUCCGGUGGUGAUGAAGGUGAAGGAGAUAUUUGUAGCAAUGGUACGGUCACUGUGGAGUCAACGACAGGCUAUUCCUUUGCCGUGGGCAGUUCUCGAUAAAUUGUUGGGCAGGGUGUCUGAACUAGCAGGCAACGAAGGCAAAAUACUCGACAUCAAUGAAGUGUGCGAGUUGGCUCGAAAAUUCUGUGAUAUUGUAACAGUUGGAGAAUGUCAAUCGGCACUGAAAUAUUUGUCAAGCUUGAGCACGAUUGCAUUCUAUUCGAAUGUAAGUGAGUUAGAAAGAAAGGUUUUUACUGAUCUACAAUGGCUGAUCAAUGUCCUCACUGUGUUUGUGACCAUCUUUGAUAAGAAAAACAUUCCUCCAUAUUUGUGGGAGGAUAUCGACAAAGUGGAGAAGGAAGGAUUGAUGUCUUGGCGUUUGGCUCAGUAUUUGCUAGGGAAAGAUGGGGUCAACGAGAAUCAGUUUGUGGCCAUCCUUCAAGUAAUGCACCUCUUCGACAUCAUCUGUCCUAUGAAUACGUCACCAGAGAUGCCAAAGUCUGUCUUGGCAGUUGGGCAGUCAUUUUUUAUUCCCUGCUUAUUGGCACAAAUAUAUGAGAGGCAGAUGGUAUGGCAACAGAAUGUCAGUUCUACUCGGUUUCCUCCAUCUCUCAUCUUUUGUCCCGAGGGAUUUGAUGCGACUCCCGAGCCGAUCUACUUUCGCCUGGUGUCUCGUUGUGCCAGUGAAUAUGCCCAUCCUCGUCCCAUGCUGAAAAGAAGAUAUGCUGUCUUCCAUGUGAAUGAUGAUCUUGAGCUCGAUCUGGAACUGGUUUAUCAUAAACUGCGUUACAUUAUUGCUACUGUCUACUGUCCAGAUGAUGAAAUUUCUAUGAAUGAGUUGAAACAACAAUGUAGCAUUACUCGUCGGUUUCUUAUUCGUCAGCUAAAUGAGGUCAAGCAAAGAGGAUUGGAUGGCAUCAAAUUUACUGUUUGUGUUAAGCCUCCACCAACUGAAGCCGAAGUAGCUGAUUUAAUAGAUGACGAUUGUCUGGUGUGCAUUGAUGAAUAUCCACAACAAAGAAGUUUAGUAAACCGGAAGAAUGAGCGCGUGCCACAAAAGCAGUUUCCUACCUUGGAUCUUUGGUUUAAUGAUGCAGGGAAAAUCUCGGGUAAGUGUGAUUAUUUCGUGAUCAUUGAUGGUAUUAUAUUGCUGAUGUGAUGUUACAGAUGGUG